CGCUGUAAAGUGUGAAACUACGAGUCAUAUGACUUUUUGCGUGUCACGUGACCGGUGUCUGUCGCGUCAUCAUCAUGGCGGUGUGUAUAGCAGUCAUCGCGAAGGAGAACUAUCCCCUGUACAUCCGGAGCGUCCCUACGCAGGGAGAACUCAAGUUCCACUACACAGUGCACACUUCGCUGGACGUGGUGGAGGAGAAGAUCUCCGGCGUGGGCAAAGCCUUGGCCGACCAACGCGAGCUUUACCUCGGCCUCCUGUAUCCCACCGAGGACUACAAGGUAUAUGGCUACGUGACAAACUCCAAGGUGAAGUUUGUGAUUGUUGUGGAUUCUUCCAACGCAUCUCUGAGAGAUAAUGAAAUUAGAAGUAUGUUCAGAAAGUUGCACAACUCCUUCACUGAUGUAAUGUGUAACCCUUUCUACAAUCCCGGUGAUCCGAUUCAAUCAAAGGCUUUUGACGGUAUAGUUUCAGCUAUGAUGGUGCAGACGUGCUGAUCUCCUCUCUUUACAACUGUAUAUACAUAUUUACAUCAGUGUCCAUUGGGUGUUUGGUGAAAAUAAAGAAAGAAUUUGUGUUUAAUAAAAUGACUCGUGAUGAUAUUGUUUUUAUUUACAGUGAUUUUGCUCAAGUCUAAAGCACUGAAAAAGCAAAAAUAGAAAAAGUACUGAAAUUCACGAGGCGUUUCGGCCUCUCACAGGCAUGGUUUCUUAAAGAAAUGGUAUAAAAUGUAAAUAAAAUGGUAACCACUCAA